AUGUGUCUUCAUUACUCGCUCGUGAACGAAGUACACAACACUGGCGAUGAAGACUACAAGUGCACGCUGAAUAAGGCGCUGCAACAGCAUGCUUACCUAGUGCCUGUGAUUGGACUCGAUUGGUUCGAGGCCUUAGGAAUCCAGGUAACAGGGCUGCACAAAUUGCAAACGGAAACCCUAGCAGACGUCUGCAAGGAGUUUGCAGAUGUGUUCAGUUCUGAGCUAGGAUCCUACAAGGGACCUCCAGUUUCACUAAAGCUAGACUCAGCUGUACAGCCCAUAAGGGUUAAACCUAGGAGAGUACCAUUUGCUCUUAAGGGCAAGAUUGAUGCUGAACUGGACAAGUUGCUCCAGCAAGGCAUAUUAGAGCCUGUAGACUCCAGCCCGUGGGAAACUCCCAUUGUAACGCCUUUAAAGGCAAAUGGGGACAUUUGUAUUUGUGCAGACUACAAGUGCACACUAAACAAGGCCCUACAGCAACAUGCUUAUCCUGUGCCUGUAGUGAGCCACAUUUUGGCUUCCCUUAAAGAGGGUAAGAUUUUUGCAAAGCUUGACCUGGCUCAAGCGUAUCAACAGUUGCCUGUUGAUGAUGCAGCAGCAGAGGCUCAAACUAUUGUUACCCAUAGAGGGGCUUUCAAUGUGAAAAGGUUGCAGUUUGGGGUGAAUGUAGCCCCUGGUAUUUUUCAAAGUGUAAUGGAAAACACCCUGAGGGGUAUUCCUGGUGUCUGUCCUUAUUUUGAUGACGUCCUCAUCGCAGGGGACUCAGCUCAAAUGCUGGCAGAGAGGUUAAGGGCUGUUUUGCUUCGUUUCCGAAGAGCAGGCCUUAAGUUAAAACAGGACAAAUGUAAGAUUGGUGUCCAUUCCACUGAUUUUCUGGGGUUCAGGAUAGAUGCUCAGGGCAUCCACCUGUCUGAUGCUAAGCUCAAAGCUAUUCAGCAGGCUCCAAGCCCUAAGUCUAAGGGUGAAUUACAAGCCUUUUGGGGUUUAUUGAACUUCUAUCAUGCUUUUCUGCCUCAUAAAGCUGCUAUUGCUGAGCCUUUACACAGACUUUUAGAUAAAAAUGCCUGUUGGCAGUGGACCAAAGUCCAUGAAGCUAGUUUCAAUGAGGUUAAGGCCUUGCUUACAUCCAAUGCGGUGCUAGCUCAUUUUAAUGAGCAGUUGCCAGUGUGUCUGGCUUGUGAUGCUUCCCCCUAUGGUGUGGGAGCUGUGCUUAGCCAUCUGACAGCUGAUGGGACUCAGGUCCCUGUGGCAUAUUAUUCUAGGACAUUGUCUGCUGCUGAGCGUAACUAUGCUCAAAUUGACAAGGAAGCUUUGGCUAUUGUGGCUGGGAUUUAAAAAUUCCAUGAUUUUAUCUAUGGCCGCCAUUUUACGGUCUUUACUGACCACAAGCCUUUGCUGGGAUUGUUUACUACGUCCAAACAAACCCCACACAUCCUUUCCCCUCGCAUGCUGCGAUGGUCCAUUUUUUUGUCAGCUUAUGAGUAUUCACUAGUUCACAAACCUGGAAAAGAAAUGGGUCAUGCUGAUGGCUUAAGUAGGCUGCCAUUGACUGCCGUGGAGCCUGAUCCUGCCCCUGCUGUGCACAUAUUGUCCAUUCAGGAUUUGCCGGAGUGUCCCCUUAAUGCUAGGGAUGUGGCUGCUGAAACUGCCACUGAUCACACGCUUAAACGCAUGCUGACAUGGGUGCUGUCAGGUUGGCCUGACAGAUGCCCAGAGGAGGAUUUCCAAUGCUUUUGGGUCAAGAGGCACGAGUUGUCCACGUUCAAUAGCUGCCUCCUCUGGGGUUCUAGAGUUGUGAUUCUGGCCUCAUUGAGGUCGAGAAUCUUAGUGUCCUUACAUGAGGGUCACCCUGGGAUUAUUAUCCUGUUCCUGGAACUUUGA